GUGGGUGAGAGGUCUUUUGCGUUCGGCUUCAUUAACAAACAUUUAGUUGUAAAUCUUGACGUGUUUAGGCGAGAUAUGUAUUUAAAUCAAUAUCGAAAUGAUCAUUCGUGUCAUUUUUCGUGAAUAUGACCUAGUUCAACAUGAACUACGCUUCAGUCAAAAUUGAAGCUAAGCGACCCAGCUAGUUAGCUGCUUAGCUAAAUUAGCUAAUGUUGGUGGGGGUUAACUUAGUAAGUUAAAAUAGAGGUCGCUUAUAAAGCGCCGCUUUCUCGCUUAUAAACUUUCUCAUGUAAUGUCAGAAGUUAGAAGAUGUACGUUAAUGUCAGGAAACACGGAUUCAUCUAACUUAACGCAAUGGACAGCAUCGCUAAACGGCGAGAGGAUAAUAAUACUGACGGCGCGGAUGAGAGUGAAAGGAAACGAAUGACAUUUGACAUGAACAGUGGUGUUAGUCGAAGGGGUGAAAACGUGUCUCCUAACUCCUGGGACUCCUUAGAGUCGGAUACGGAAAGUUUAGUUCAGGAAAGAGCUUACCAGCGGGAGCUUCAGAGGCGCAUUUUGGGUGAAGACGGUGACAAAAGUCAUUAUGCUGCGAACAAAUAUUGUGUGAAUGUGGACGAGGAGAGGUCAGAGUAUGAAGACAGCAUCCAGGAAUCGGAACAGACGCUUCCAGAAGCACAACCGACUGGCACCAGCAAACAUGGACUUCCUGGCAAAAGCGCAGAAUUACCAAGACAGAGCCCUCCUGGGGACGAAUAUGCUGACUUGCGCUAUGAUCCAGACUGGAGAAGAAAUCUGGUUGGGGCUGAGUUUCUCCGCCAAGUCCAGACCAACCUGUCCCUGGAUUCCUCUGAUGAGCCUGGAGACAAUGACAGGCGCCCAGAAGGUGUGACUGCAAUAGGGAGGCAUGAAUAUGUAGUAGUAAGUAAUCCUGCUGUGGCAGAAAUGGAUACUUUUCAGCCCGGCCCUCCUUCGUCCUCCUUUCACCUUCACCCUCAGCAAAACCUGUUCAGUCAUGAAGACACCGCUGUGUCUGUCCCACAGGGUUUGUAUAUGCCUUCAGAGAGCACGCCAUGUUUGAAUUCAGACAGGGCCGUCAAGGCAAGGGACAGAUUUAUCGACCACCAAAGCACUGCUGAAAUCUCUCCCUCUUCUUCUCCACGGGACAGGCAGCAAAGAGACAGGCACAAGAAAUACGACAGAGAGGAUCAAAGCAGUUCUACUGCUCGGAAAGGAAGCGAAGACAAGCUCAACUUACCACUCCCACAGAGGAGACACUCUCGAAAAGUUAGACAGUUCAGACCAAGAGAGGACAUAGUGGAACGCAAUAAAGCAACCUUAGGUAUGAACACUGAAAAACAAGGAUCCUAUCUGAAGGCAUAUGGGCAGAGAGGAAAGAAAGAAGAAGAGGCAAAUGAGCUCCGACAGCCUUCUGUGGACACUUCCAGCAUUGACAGCCUUGGAAGCCCAGACAAUGCCCUAGACCCAGAGCUGAUGUGGAUACAAAAAACUCAAAAACUAAAGAUCCAUAAAGAAGGUAAGCGCUCAGAUGGACCCAGGCAUCGGCUCCAUAAACACAGACCCAACCCGAAUCCUCCUGUAGUGAGAGGAGUUUCAGAUGCAGGUCACCAACCGCAAGUUCCUUCCGAAAACCAGAUGUGCUCUCCAUCGGACUCUGGCAGCAUCUCUCAUCUACCCACUCAACUAUCUUAUCCUUCAGCUCCGACUGUCAACCUCAGCAUCAACCUGAAUGCUCCAGGAAAACUUGCUGAGACAUUCCAUGGUCCUGAGCUACAACAACCUGUUUACACACUCACCCCACCUCCUCCACCACAAUGGAAGAUCAGGCCUAAUGUUUAUAGCCCACCUUUUAUACACCCUGGUUAUACCAUCCACCAGAGCUCUGCCCCUCAGGUGCCUCGGUCUGUCCUGACCCCUGGGCAGCUCCAUGCGGGCAGUAACCAUCUCCAGGGCGCUGGCAAAAGGAUCAGUGGUGAACCUAUCAGAACACACAAGAGCCACAGUGCCAGGACUGCUCCAGAUUGGCCACCUUUUGAGAAAGACCACAGCUUGAAGGUUCCUGAGGUGGUGCUGUAUGAUGAGGAUGGGGUAGAUUCUGCUCAUAUACACCAGGCAUACAGUGGAGGCUAUGCAGUGCUGCCCCCUAUAGGCAGGUCCAACUCCAGUGACACAGAGCUGAGCAGAGACAGAACAGAGCAAAGCCCCAAUGCUUUACAUAGGAGCAGCUCAGAGGGUUACCUCGCACAACUGGAGAAACAAAGACAACUCAAGGCUAAAACAACCUAUAAGGCUUACACGCUGAAGGACUACAUGGCCCUGAAUCAGGAGGUAAAGCUGGGAGGUCUUGGCCCGUCCAACUCCGUAUCUGAGAACAUGGCCGAGAAAAUUAGACGACAGAAGCUGUAUUCAAAUGUGAUCCGUGAACAGAACAAGAAGAUAAGUAGGAUUCCCUUUCUGCCAGCCAGGAAGCCGGUGGGCAGUGACAACAAGGAUGCCAUUCCCAGGAACAAGGCUUUGGAAUAUGCUAAAACCAUUACAAAGCCAAAAGCACCUCAACAGUGGAGGGAGAAGCCCAAAGAGAAGAGUGAGAAUGAGAGCAUGUUUGAGAACUCUGCGUAUCUCCAGUUAGGAGUGGAUCUCUCCCAGCUGGCUACUCUGGAGAUGCUGAGGAAACGGCAUGAGCAGGAGAAACAGAUGGUGGCACGCUUCACCAGCCUCCACCCUGCUUCAUCCAUACCAUCUGUUAACACUCUCUGAACAGUGCUGCCAUAGAAAUCGGUUCAUUGAAGGAGGCUGUGAAUUAGCAUCCCCUUUCUGAUGCUGGGCUUUGAUGUGGGCGCUGCUGAAGGACUUGGCAGAGCCCUGCCAAUGAGCUGAUGGAGCCACGCGCCACAAAACGCUUAAUCUUUUAAUUGAUCACCUUCCACACAACCUAUUCUCAUCAUUUUUUCUCUCCCCCUCUAAAGCAGAAUCCCGUUCUACAAACACUGCAUGAAUCACUUUCCAAAAAGGGCGUAAAUCCCCAUCCCCAUUAGGCUAAACACUUCAGACAAAUGUUAGCUGCACAUGGUCAGACUGUAGGGGCCUUAAGGGCCCCUGUGGAUGGUAGAUGAUGUACAGUAUAUGUCCAGAAAUGUCCAUGAUACAGCUUCGAAUUAGUGAACUCAGGGUGCUAACACAGAUGUUCAGUUGUGCAAGCACACCUUGUAUUAUCUCCAUAUAAGCAUGGCCGAUAGAAUGAAGCAGCUGCCCAUGAGCCUGAGGUUACCAUGCCAGGCAUUGGAUAGAAGGCAAAGCAUUGACCUGUGGAGCGUUAGAACUGCAUUCUUUGGACUGAUGGAGCUCCAUCCAAUGCCUUUGGGCUUAGUUGGAGUGGAGUUUACGAUCCAGAACUAAUCAACAUCAGUACAUGACCUCUCUAAUGCUCUUUUGGCUGAAUGCUAUCAAAUCCUCACAACAAUGUUCCAACAACUAGGAAAGCCUUCCUAGAAAUGUAGAGUAACUGCAGUACUGAGUUACUGCAACAAAGGAGCUGCAAACUCCCCAGCUUAUUAAUGCCAAUGAUUCCUGACCAGAGGUUGGAUGGGCAGGUGUCAACAAAUUUUAGGACAUGUACUGCAGUAAAAGUAAGCUGUUAAAUAUGGUUCAGUGUGCUGUUGAGCCUGCAUAAAUGCUCUGUUUUUAACAUCUCAGGCGCUGAAAUACUUCUCUUUACAGUUCUGAUUGCAAAAAGCUCAGCUUUUCAUAAUUGAGAUUAGUGCAGCAGUUCCAUGUCUGUAUGUGGGCUACAGCUCUAAUGGCAUCAUUAGUCUGCCUUAAAAUUAAGCUUAAUAUUGAAAUCAUUCAGCUCUGGUGGUCAUGUAGGUUUUAUCGUCCUGCAGCAGCUUAUUUGCUUAUGUGAGCUGUGACUGUUCUGUGCUAAAGUUUAAGGCUAAUGCCCUAAAUUGAACAAAUUAUAUUAUUUUUUCAAUCUAUUUUAUUAUG